ACCCCUACGAGCAUAUCGAUCACUACCGCACUAUUAUACAUAUCCAGCAGGCCCCAGGCGCUUUGCUCUGUCAAGUUUUUCCUGCCACCCUUAAAGGGCAAGCCCGAACAUGGUUCUACUCAUUGCCUGCCCAAUCCAUCUCGAUAUUCGUUAAAUUGGCAAAACUGUUCGUCGAACAAUUUGCCGCCAACCGAAGAAUGAUUAAAGACUCCUCCCACCUUUCAAGGAUAUGUCAGAACGAGGGCGAAUCCCUUAAAGAAUACUUCCAGAGGUUUUCUACGGAAGCCCAACAAAUUCCAGGAGUAGAUCCCGAAUUGCUUAGAGGUGUAUUUCUUGGAGGGCUUCGUCCAGGCCCAUUCUACUCGGCACUUAUGCGAGAUACGGUCCACUCAUAUGCGGACCUAAUCCAUCGAGUAGAAGCUCAGAUCUCCGUCGAUGACGCCAUCAAUGCUCACAGAAAGUAA